AUUUUGAAGUGAGUCAUUCUUUGUCAUUUGGUUAUACGCGCAAAGGGUGGAAAAGUAGAUUACUGGCAGGACUGGAUCAUUUUGCCUUUGGAGCUGAAAACAAAAUUUACAAUGCCCAAUAACGAUAAAGAGCCAGAAAAUAUACAGAAAAACAAUGAGCGUAAUGCAAAUGCGAUAGAAAGCACACAAGCCGUAGCCGCUGCAACUGAGGCAUUAAUUGCUGCAGCUGUAGCCGGCAGCAAAUCAGCCCCGAACACCAACAGCAAGGAUUCUGGAUCGGAAGAUGGUGAAAGAAAACGUGCUGAUAUGAAAUCAACUUCGGCAGGAUUACUCAGAAAUCAGGGAUUGCUGCAGGUGCUCUCGGAAGUUGCAGCAGCUGGUAGGCAAUCAAAGCAAUUUGCAUUCUGGUCCACGCAACCAGUUCCCAAACUGAAUGAAGACAUCACCACAAAUGAGUGUAUCGAACCUGAUAAAGAUGUUUCGGAGAUUCGGCCUGAUCCAUACACCUUGCCAGAGGGGUUCAAGUGGGAUACUCUUGAUUUGAAUAGUGCCGCCGAUUUAACCGAACUGUAUACUUUAUUAAAUGAGAACUAUGUGGAGGAUGACGACGCUAUGUUUCGCUUUGAUUAUCAACCCGAAUUUCUCAAGUGGUCUUUGCAGCCACCUGGAUGGAGGCGAGAUUGGCAUGUGGGCGUCCGCGUUGUGAAGUCGGGCCGCCUUGUUGGAUUUAUAUCUGCAAUUCCCAGCAAAUUGCGUUGUUACGACAAAGUGAUCAAAACGGUUGAGAUAAACUUUUUAUGUGUUCAUAAAAAGUUGCGUAGCAAACGAGUUGCACCUGUACUCAUACGUGAGAUUACUCGUCGGGUAAAUUUGACGGGAAUUUUCCAAGCAGCGUACACAGCGGGAGUGGUUUUACCCAAACCCGUGGCAACAUGCCGCUACUGGCAUCGAUCACUAAAUCCCAAGAAACUUGUUGAGGUAAAAUUUUCGCACCUAGCGCGUAAUAUGACCAUGCAACGAACCAUCAAACUGUACAAAUUACCCGAUCAACCGAAAACCAAAGGAUAUCGUCGUAUCCUACCCAAGGAUAUGGACAAGGCGCAGAAGCUACUUGAAGAGUACCUCAAGAAGUUCUCAUUGAGCCCUGUUUUUUCCAAAGAAGAAUUCCGUCACUGGUUUACGCCGAAAGAAGGUAUCAUCGACUGUUUCAUUGUUGAAGAUGAACAUGGGUACAUCACGGACAUGACCAGUUAUUACUGCUUGCCAUCUUCUGUGAUGCAUCACCCUGUACAUAAGACUGUACGCGCUGCCUAUUCUUUUUACAAUGUGUCUACAAAGACACCAUGGUUAGAAUUGAUGAACGAUGCUCUGAUCUCAGCUAAGAAUAUUAGCUUGGACGUUUUCAAUGCACUUGAUUUAAUGGAGAAUAAGAAUUUUUUGUUUCCCCUGAAAUUCGGUACUGGUGAUGGCAAUCUACAAUAUUACCUAUACAAUUGGCGCUGUCCAGCUAUGAAGCCGGAAGAUGUUGCGCUUAUUUUGAUGUAGUCUCUAUGAGCUAAAAUAAACAUAAAUGCUGUAAACGACAUUUUAAAAUUCAAAAUUUAGCACGUGACACAAAUAGAAAAAAAUAAAGAUCCCAGUACUAUCACUACUUCCGAUACGAUAAAAGUAA